AUGGGCCGCUUCUCACCAUUCGCUUUGCUCCUGUUGGCGGCCAAUGGUGUAUUGGGCACCAAAUGGAUUGGAGAAGUCAAGAAUGUUGACGGUGUUGACUAUCAGUGCAAAUGCUAUGCAGACAAUGCCUGCUGGCCGACCAACAAGGACUGGGACAAACUCAACAAGACAGUCAACGGGGCUUUGCAGGUUGCCAUUCCGCCUGGCGCUGUAUGCCAUAAGUCGCUUGGCAAUUCAUCAAUCAGUGUCUAUGAUGCAGCCAAAUGUGCGGAUACACAGGCAAAUUGGGCGAACGAGCAAUGGGCAACUGAUCAUCCUAUUGCAGCCCUCUGGCCGCUGUAUACCAAUAAUACCUGCUUGCCUACAGACGACCCAUCAGAGCCUUGCACACGCGGCUUCUACGGACAGUAUGUCAUUUUGGCAAAGACCAAGGAGCAGAUCAAAGCCGGGGUAAAUUUCGCACGGGAACGCAAUCUACGUCUAAUUAUCCGCAAUACUGGCCAUGAUUUCAUGGGGCGAUCUACUGGCUUUGGUUCUUUGAUCAUCAACACGCACAGUUUCAAGGACGUCACGUUUGUGAAGAAGUAUACUGGUGUCGGCGAGUGGUCCGGCGGUGCAGCUACUGUCGGCGCAGGUGUCCAGGGCCGCGAAUUGUACCGCCAGGCUUUUGCACAAAGUCCUAAGGUGGUUAUUGUCGGUGGAGAAUGUCCUACGGUUGGUUGGGCAGGUGGCUACAUCCAGGGUGGAGGGCAUGGUCCGCUUACUGGAAUCUACGGGAUGGGCGCUGACAAUGUCCUGUCCUUCGAUGUUGUCACGGCUGCGGGCGAAUUUGUCACAGCAAAUGCUGAAAGCCAUGCGGAUCUAUACUGGGCAUUGAAGGGGGGUGGCCCCAGUUCAUUCGCUGUGGUUGUUGCUAUUACCGUCAAGACAUUCCCUGAGAUACCCACCGCUGGGACCAUUCUGAACAUCAAUUCGACACACACGAACGACACCAAGGUGUUCAACGAAGCUUUCCGGAUAUUCCACAACUUGUCAAACCACUAUAGCAACCACGGGAUGUUCGUAUACUUUGAACUCGGCCCUGGGCCUGGACGCCUGCAUGUUGCGCCUUUUGUGGGACCUAAUAUGGAUGAGGCUAAACUGAAGGAGGUUUUGGAACCCCUCUACACUCAGCUUGAUGCUGCGAAAAUUCCAUAUGAUGCCUACACCAAGGCAUUCCCCACUUUCUUCGAGUUGUACCUGGACCUGUUCGAGGACGAGGGAGCGAACGGCAACUCCGUGGUUGGCGGUCGACUCUUCACCCAGCAAGACAUUGCGCAGAACGGUGAUGGCAUUGCAGAUGCUCUCCUGUUCGCUGCUUCGCCCGACUCGAACACAAUGGGCUUAAAUGUUGGGCACAUUGUGAACCCUGGACAUGCAUGGGCGACAGUAGAUAAUGCGAUCCACCCUGCGUGGCGCAAUGGGAGCAGCUUCGUCAUCACCAAUGUGCUGCUCUCGGGUACGGAAUCCUGGGAAGUCAAGAAGGAACGUGAGCACUACAACACAAACAUCAUUGGACAGAGGCUGAGGGAUGUCUCGCCUGGCGGUGCUAGCUACGUGAAUGAGGGCGAUCUCUACGAGCCGAACUGGCAGGAGGCCUAUUGGGGCUCCAACUACGGUCGCCUGCUGCAGAUUCGCCAGAGGUAUGAUGCCAACGGCCUCUUCUAUGCGCAGACGACGCCUGGGACGGAGAAGUGGAGCGUGAUUGACUAUGGGACGAAGCUGUGCAAGGCGGCGUAG